AUGUUACCCUCCCUUUUUAGAUCACCCAUUAGAAAUUUGACAAAAAGGACAUCAGUUUGCAAAGCAUGGAGAUUAAGCCCCCUCUUCCUAGUUCAUAGGGUUUCUGGUCAAGCCAGCUCCACCCUCCUCCACAAAGCCAUCGUUGACGAUGUAACGAACGAGGUUUACUCUCUGCAUUAUGAUAACCGGACUUUCGACGAGUACUCCAAGGUAGAAUUUCCAGUUUCUCACAUGGGAAAACUGUCCAAUUCACAUCUUCGCGUGGUCGGCACUUGCAAUGGGCUGAUCUGCCUUGCGGAUGAUAUCUUCAGAUAUGGUUACAACUUUUUCUUAUGGAACCCAGCCAUUAGAAAGUUACUGAAACUUCCUGUGCCUGGUUUUACAUAUAGGACGCAUGGUGGGUACGAUGCUAGAAUUGGAUUCAGUUUUGAUGAUGUGACCAAUGACUAUAAGGUUGUGAGAAUUGUCACUCUUUUGGAUGAUGAUGAGAAGUUAGCUGUAGCUGAGGUAUAUUCACUAGCCAUUGGCUCAUGGACCAGUCUUGGUUCUCUUGCUCAAUGUCAACUACGUGGAGCCGCAUCCCAGGCUUUUGUUAAUGGGGCUCUUCGUUGGCCUACACUCCGUUGGGGGUUUAAUGGUGCUAAGUACUUUAUACUGACAUUUGACGUGGGCAGUCAGUUGUUCGGUUAG